CCCGGCCGACCGCGGAGCCGCGCGACGCGCUCGAGAUGCAGAACGGAGGCUCCGCGCAGCAGACCCCACGCGCCGCCUGCUCCGGGUGCUGAAGGCGCGGGGACACGGCCAGGCGCCGCCGGGGAGCCAGCCGAGCCAGGAGCGCGUCCGCGUACACGCAGCCGCCGGCCGCCGAGCACCCAGAGCUCCCUGCACGCCAGGACGUUGGAGGUGGCCGUGAGACAUGCAACCGGCCCGGAAGCUCCUCAGCCUCCUCUUCCUCAUCUUGAUGGGCACCGAACUCACCCAAGUGCUGCCCACCAACCCUGAGGAGAGCUGGCAGGUGUACAGCUCUGCCCAGGACAGCGAGGGCAGGUGUAUCUGCACGGUGGUCGCCCCCCAGCAGACUAUGUGUUCACGGGAUGCCCGCACAAAACAGCUGAGGCAGCUGCUGGAAAAG